AUGAAAAGAGAAAGAGAAGUUGAUAGCAUAACCAUGGCCAACUACUUGAUGUUACUUUCUCGUGGAGGUGAAUUUGAGACUAGCUACUUGAACUCUUCCAACAACCGUGUCUUUGAGUGCAAGACAUGUAACAGGCAAUUCCCAUCGUUUCAAGCACUUGGUGGCCACCGUGCGAGCCACAAGAAGCCAAGGUUGAUGGGAGAGGGUGAUAAUAGCCAAGUGCUUAAUGGUUCACCUCCAAAGCCUAAAACUCACGAGUGCUCAAUAUGUGGGUUGGAGUUUGCUAUAGGGCAAGCUUUGGGUGGACACAUGAGGAGACACAGAGCAGCAGCUUCAAAUGGAAACAUGCAGAGUACUAUUUCUAUGAAUAUGAGUAGCACUAGUACUGGUAGCAGUGUUGAUAAUUCGGCAAACAGGAACAGGAAGAAGGAUAACAGCAAAAGAGUUUUGUUUCUGGAUUUGAAUUUGACACCCUUAGAGAAUGAUGUGGAGUUUUUGAAGAUUGGUCAAGCAACAACUCCAUUGGUGGAUUGUUUCAAUUGAACUUGUGAGAGAUCGAUGAUUAUAACUUUUGGAAGGUGGUUAUAGUGCAAACCAGAU